AAGAAGCGAUGCUGAAGAAGCGAGUCGAGGAUCGGAGCCGUGAACACGAGCAGCGAUGACGUGACGCGUGGACGGUGCCGUGUGGUGGGGCUCGAACACGGAGCACCAGCGGAUGUGUGGCCCCGGGCCGUGUGAGCUGUGUGUGCGGGAGGGGGGUGGGGGUCGGACGGACCGAGGCACCGGAGCGUCGCCAGCCUCCCGGUGACCGCGUUACCCAACCGGAGGCUCCGUUAAGACACGCGCACACUCACGCACGGGGAUAACGGUCCGAGCAGAAGCCAUUUUUCUCCGCAGAAAAAUACUGGCUCCUGAUUGGCUGUUAGGUGUCCAUUGACGCCAGCUGCCACCAUGAACGUGGGCACGGCGCACAGCGAGGUGAACCCCAACACCCGGGUGAUGAACAGCAGGGGCAUGUGGCUGUCGUACAUCCUGGGCAUCGGCCUCCUGCACAUCAUCCUGCUCAGCAUCCCCUUCGCCAGCGUGCCCGUGGUCUGGACCCUCACCAAUCUCAUCCACAAUCUGUGCAUGUACCUGCUCCUGCACACGGUCAAGGGGACGCCCUUCGAGACCCCCGACCAGGGCAAGGCGCGCCUCCUCACGCACUGGGAGCAGAUGGACUACGGCAUCCAGUUUACCGCGUCGCACAAGUUCCUCACCAUCACACCCAUUGUGCUGUAUAUUCUCACCAGCUUCUACACCAAAUACGAUCGAGUCCAUUUUGUGGUCAACACCGUUUCCCUGCUCACUGUGCUCAUCCCCAAGCUGCAGCAGCUCCACGGCGUGAGGAUCUUUGGGAUUAAUAAGUACUGACAAGGCAGAAGAGGACACCUCCUUCCUCGAGUCCCCAGGGACCUGCUGAGAGCACGCAGAGUAUCAGGCCUCUGAUUUGGCCGGGA